UUAUUUAUCGUCAUUUUAUCAUACCUCGUAUUUAUAUAUGAGAAAGCCGAUUUAUCAGUGGCCUCCUCAUACUUUUAAGAUAGACGUGAAUGUCAAAAUAUUAAUUACAUUAUAAAAACAACUUCUACCCUGCUGCACUGGAAAGAAUGAAUGACUCGCAGGUAAAGAGGUCGUUACGGUGGUACUUAAAUAAAAUUUACUCGCGACAAAUCGCGACUAAUCACCUAAGUGAAGACUAAGGUCAGAUUCCUUGGGUCGGAUCUAGGAAGAAGUGAACGCAUUCGCUUGAGGUAGCCGACGUUAUAUGUAUAUAAUAGCUGUUUCCUCAGUCACGGGACACAUCACAUCACAGAAUAUUGUCAUAUAAAGUAUGCGAGCCCUCUGUUAUUACGAUAAGUACACAAACAAAAACUAGAAUAUUUUGAAUCUAGUGAUAUAUAUUACCUUGAAAAUAGUGAGCUUACUAAUAUGUGAUACUGUUGGUAGAGCGUCUUUUUUGCCCGCACAGGUGAUACAGUAAUGCGUUCCGGUUUCAAGGGUGGGGCAUCGGUUUUACUAUAGAAAUGAGACCUAUACUCAUGUCCUAAGUUGACCAGUUAAAACAACUGAACUCAUGUAUCCGUCUGAGCGAUAUAAAUAAAACUUUACAAAUAUUUGUGUUUCAUUAUUAUUCCAUCAUAUUUUUCACAACAAUUUCAAAAAACAAUGAUUUCAAUGUCGAACAAUACGCGAUAACUGAACACCGUAUAAAACACGUCUUUGCUGUCGAGCAGAUAAAAUAACUUCACAUAUAAUUAGGAGUGAGUACCGAGAUGAGGAUUUACAAACAAUAAUUGUACAUGUAAACGUUCGACAACUAAUGAAAAGAAAAAAAAUAUAUUUACUCAAACGUAUUUACAAUUUCAUUACAUGACAAACAGUAAUUAGAAGUUUGCAAAACUCGAGCUGGUAAUAGGUUAAAUAAAAAAUAAAAUUAUUUUUAUUUAGAUAUUUAUUAAUUUAAUAUAUUUUGUACACACAGCUGUUAGAAGAAACACGACAAUAAGGAUACAGUGUACAAGGGCACUACUUAUUUUAUGUUGAAAUCUCAUAUUAUUGCAAAAUUAUCACAAAAUUAAAAAAAAAUCAAUAUUAAGUGAUCAUAAGCUUCAUUGUUUGGUAGCUUAGUAGGUAGUUUGGUCACCGAUUUAUAGUAACCACAAAAUAAAUAUAAUGCACAACUGAAAACUAGUUGUGAUUAUUUGUCGUUUAAGACCUUUUGUUGUUCUUUUUAGUUUGUUUGAUUUUAUAUGAACGUUAAAAACAUAUUGAACUUAUUGAAAAGUGGUAAAUUAAACUUUAAAACCGGCAUUCGCCGGUGGUUCGAAUUUGACCACGAUCACUGAGUGCUUAAGCUGUAGCUUCAUUUCGCAUACAUUUCCUGUUUUGUUUUAUUUGAAGGGUAUUCAAAGGGGCGGUGGAGAUUUUUUGCUAAAAUAAAGCAACUUUUACAUUUUUUUAAUGAUAAUAAGCAAACUUAUUGAUAACUUUACUUAAAAAAAACGAAAAAAGAAACACAAACCUUAUUUCUUUGCCCAGAUUUUGAAAUUUUUGUUUGUUUUUUAAGUUGAGAAUGUGUAUUGGUGUUUUUUAUUUAUUAUCAAUUUCUCUUGUGUCAGAAUAUAUAUGCUUCGUAGAUAUUUAAUAUUUUAAUAUCAUUAUGCAAUUUAUUGGUACGAUAUUGUAUUAAAUAUGUAAUGUGCUAUUUGUAGUGCAAGUAUCGUUUUAUACGAACACUAAAGUGUUCACUCACCAUAUUUGAAUAAGAUUUUCGAUUUGGACUUGGGUGCAUUUUGCGACAAACCCUAUUUAUCUCGUAAUCAAAUCUACAUUUACGUAGCAUAUAGGCAGCGGCUUAGCUUUGCCCCUGGUAUUGCUGAAGUCCAUGGGCAACGGUAACCACUCACCAUUAGGUGAGCCGCAUGCUCGUCUGCCUACAAGGGCAAUAAAAAAAAAUAAUUCAACAACAUUUAAAUGGCAAAACUAUCAGAAAAUAUAGCAUUAUUAAGUAAUAUUAAGUAAUAAUGCUAUCUCCUAACCGCUUUCUCGACAGAGGGGUUUAAAUGUAAACAUUUUAAAAUCAACGUCAAUCUACAGAACCAACAUCGGCUUAAGGCAUUUUAUUUAAUAGAGGAAAACAUGGAAAGAAUGAGAUAAUAACACAAGUAUUAGAUAACAAAGAACCUUGCGAGAGAUUGGUGUGGGUGAUGAUAUACAUUUUCAGAACAUGUGAGAUUAUUAUUGGCCGCAUGAUCAUGUGACACGGUCGACAGACUUGCUUGAUUUGUGGAAAUCGUUCUCGAAAACUAUCAUUUGUAGUGUCGAUAGUUCUAAACACGAUCAAAUAAAAAGAUUCAAUUGUCAAAUAUUUUUUACAAACAUUUAACGCUUGCCGUCUUCGCUCGUUUACGAGGCACGUACUUUUUUACAGCUGCUGCAGUUGGGCAGACUAGCCCACCUUACUUACUUCCGGGGUCACCGGAUCCCGUAAACUUCAUACCGCGAAUGCUGAGGAGUUCAUAUCGGAGUCUCAAAUGUACCUACUGGCUGUUCGAUCAUUUCGAAACGGGAACACGCGACUACUUUGCGGCAGAAAUAGUCAAGUGGUGAUUUUUAUUUUUUUUAUUGCUUAGAUGUGUGGACGAGCUCACAGCCCACCUGGAGUUAACUGGUUACUGGAGCUCAUAGACAUCUACAACGUAAAUGCGCCACCCACCUUAAUAUAUAAGUUCUAAGGUCUCAGUAUAAUUACGACGGCUGCCCCGCCCUUCAAACGAUACGAACGCAAUGCCAGUAAUUAUGCUUUUUUUUUCUACACAUUAAUAAUUUACGGUGAGCACGUGUUCAAUACGUAUGUGCAUACUUAUCAUCUCCCUUAGAAUAAAUAUGAAUCCCGGCAUUUUACCUACCAUAUCAAGUUGAAUUACAAUAAUGAUUUAUACGAAUGCCAAUAAUAACUUGGCGCCGUACUAUUAUUGAUCGAAGUUGGCGCCAGAGGUUGAGUACAAGGUAAACUCAGUUCUGUCGGUCAUUUAUUGAAGGUAUUUUGUAAUACUGUUUUUAAUAACCGUUACUAACUGUUGUUUUCUUUUUCACAUCUUAGGAGUUUGCGACCAAAAAAUGUUUUUUAUAUCAGGCUACCAGGUCCAGGUACACAAAUACUACCUAUUUCAGUCGAGACGCAGCAACUUAUUGCGAUUUCAAAGGUGCGAGAUUCAUUUUUUUUUUAAUUUUAGGGUUCUUUGGCUUUACGUUACGGCAAGGUGGAUUAGGUGGACCAUUCACUUUGAUAUGUCUAUGAGCCACCGACUAGAGGACGUAAGUGUGCUCAUCCGAUUAAGGAAGUAGACAAAAAUCUAUAAUGUUCCUUAAUUAAAUCACAAAAAAAAACUGUUUUAGUUUUGUGUGUCUAUUUUUGUACUAACCUCCUCAACGUCUGAGCUAUUUAGCUUAGAUUCAAAUUUCAGCGAGUUAUUGUGGAGCACCUAAGUCAAUGUUUGAUUUAAUUAAAUUGAAAAUAAAGUGAAAAAUAAUGAAGUGAAUAUUCUGUUAUGUCAAUAGUUGUAAUAGAUGCGCGUACAAUCGUGGCCAUACUGCUCUUUAAUAAUAAUUUAAUAAUAUUAAUUAUGUUUUUGACUUAUGGGACAAAUUUUACCUGAUAUGCAUGACCCUUUCUUCGCGUAUAAUUUCUUCCCGUUUAAGUAAAGUAUGUGUAUUUGUAUUUAUUCAUAUAUGUUGAUAACAACAUUAUUAUGAUUUGUUGAUAAUAACUAACAAGAAAAUCAACAAGCGAACUAAACGUAGCGGCAAAUUGAUUCAAAGCGUUGCAAUUUUCAACUAAUUAAAAUUAAAAAGUCUUAAUUGCAAUAUAAUUAAAAAAUUUAACAAAAUAUGUUCGUCAAUAAGUAAGUACUAUUACUAGAUUUAUGACUGGCCAUCACUGAGUAUCACAAAAUAAAAAUAAAAAGUGGCCUACUUGAGUUAAAUGUUAUUAUAAGUUUUAUUGUAAAACUAACUAGGUUAAUGAAUAAAAACAAUAUCAUAAUUAAAUAGAAAAACAAUGAUAAUUAGCGAGUUAAUAGGCAAAUUCGGAAAGUAUCAGUUUUGGAUAUGCGUUUUGAUAUUCGCCAAUAAAUUCGGUGUUGCUUUUCAUCAAAUGGCAAUUGUAUUUUUGGCUCCACCAGCUGUUUACUAUUGCCCGGGAAACGCUACAUGCUGUGAUAGUCCGGCUUAUAAUACAUCACUGUUUACAAGAACAAUUGUAACUGAGUGGAACUUGAUUUGUGAAAAGAGUUUCCUCAAAGACAUCACGCAGACUUUGUUUCAAUUUGGCGUUCUCUUUGGCAGCUUAGUGUUCGGUAUCAUAUCUGACAGAUACGGCAGAAAGUCUACAUUGAUUACAUCUGUAGUUCUUGAAGUGAUUACUGGAAUAAUGUCAUCGUUUAUGCCCGAUUUUUGGAGUUUUACCAUUAUCAGAAUGAUUCUAGGAAUCUCUGUGGGUGGUAUAAUGGUGGUGGGGUUUGUAAUCGUUAUGGAAUAUGUUGGGAAUGACAUCAGAUACGUAAUAUCAGCGCUCUACCAUGUUCCGUUUACUCUUGGUCACAUGUUGCUGGCACUGUUUGGAUAUUACAUACGAGAUUAUAUGUACUACCAGCUGGCCAUAUCUGUGGUCAACGUUUUCCUGCUGAUUUACAUAUGUGUAUUACCAGAGUCACCGAGAUGGUUGUUGGCCGUGAAUAAAACUUUUGAGGCCAUCACUUUAAUUGAACGAAUUGCUAAAACGAACAAUAUGGACAUUGAGGAUAUCUCAACUAAGAUAGAACUGUUUCAAUUAGAACAUAAACCAAAGAAAAGUUCGGUUUUAGAAUUGUUUCGAUCGCCUAAUUUGAGGAAAAACAUCCUGAUUAUGUCGUUUAACUGGCUUGUCAGCAGCUAUUGUUUUUAUGGCGUCACUUUUUAUAUCAGUCACCUAACUGGAGAUAUAUUUAUAAAUGUAGCUGCUAUGGGGUGUGUUUGUUUAUGUGGCUGUUUGAUAGCCAUUCCCAUAUUGAAGUUCAUGAAUCGGAAGACCAUCGUAAUACUAGGAAACGUUAUAUGCAGCAUAUCAAUACUAAUAAUUGCUUUCGUACCCGAGGGCAUAGUUUCUAUUGUUUUCGGGUGUAUCGGAGUUAUGUUUUCGUUCAUGCUAUUAGUUAUCGUGUACUUGUACUGUUCGGAAAUGUUUCCGACAGUUGUGCGUAACGCAGCCAUCGGAAUUUCGUCGAUGUCUGCCCGAAUGGGUUCAAUGAUUGCGCCUUUUGUGGCGGCACUGAGGCCUUACGGCCAAUGGUGCGCUCCGGUGGGCUUUGGUAUAUUCCCUCUAGUGGCGGCUCUCUUAUGUAUUUUACUGCCCGAAACGAAAGACUGUGAACUAAUGACCACCAUUGAAGAAGGAGAGGCAUUUGGAAAAUCUCGGACAAGAAAUUCGAACGGAAAUGAAAUAACUUGAUUAAUUGGCGUAUUUUAUUUUUAAAUUGGUAUUCAUAAAUUAAUUACGUAACAUAAUUAAUUUUUUAAUCAAGGUUAUUGAAAUAAAUCACUACCAACUGUA